CACGUGCUCAGAGACAUAGUCCCAAAGGACCAAACUUGGAGGGGGCAUUGAAAGGCCCUUGAGACUAGGCCCUGCCCGAUGAGAGAAAUCAGUGGUUAGCAUAGCAUUCUUCGAUCAGGAUAAUAAUAUGUAGAGAGGGCACCAGACUGUAGAAGGCUCUGUGGAAAAGCACCCUCAGCAGAUUUUUAGGGCAAUUAAAAAGCUUAUUCUCUAACCUCCUGAAAGUGAAGUAUUUUGGAUCAGAUACAUUAUUUCCAACACUGUGGAUGCUUUGGAACCAGUCUCUUAAUAGAUCGCCUGAACAUUUUCCAGGAAUUCAGAAACAAAGUUUCUUCACCAUGCUGGAGAUGCCUGAUAAAAAACCUGACCUUGAUGGGUUCUUGCCUCAUCUUAGAGUACGUGGAAUGACCACUCUUGACAAAGCUGCUUUCAAAAAUGAUGUUGUCAUCCCAGCUCUUAUGGUUAACAAAGACAUUACAAACAAUCUGCUGAAGUCUCUUAAAGGAGUGUUACUCCAGCGACCAGGUCUCAAGAGAGUCGUUGAAGACCCCGAUGAUGAAAACAGAAAGUACAUUUUGUUAGACCCGCAUAAAAUAUCUGCUGAUGGUUCUCUGGGUGAAUCUGAGCAACAGAUCUUAAAAAGCUUUAAUAUUAACCCUGAAAUAGUCAAGUAUAACAUGGAACUUACUUAUGAUAAUUUCAGAACAGAAGAAAUUCUGAAAGCGGUCCUUCCUGAAGGCCAGGAAGUCACCACGGCAUUUAGCAGAAUUGGCCAUAUUGCUCACUUGAAUCUGAGAAGCCAUCAACUGCCUUAUAAACAUUUAAUUGGACAAGUUAUCAUUGACAAAAAUCAAGGAAUAACCUGUGCUGUAAACAAAAUCAAUAUUAUAGAUAGCACAUAUCGAAAUUUUGAAAUGGAGCUACUAGCUGGAGAUGGGGCCAACAUGAUAACAAAGGUUAAGGAAAACUAUAUCUCGUAUGAAUUUGAUUUUUCCAAAGUCUAUUGGAAUCCUCGCCUCUCUACAGAACAUUCGCGGGUUGUCAACCUUUUAAAGCCAGGAGACCUUCUCUUUGAUGUCUUUGCAGGGGUGGGGCCUUUUGCAAUCCCUGCAGCAAAGAAGAACUGUGUGGUAUUUGCAAAUGACCUCAACCCUGAGUCAUGCAAGUGGCUCCAGCACAACUGUAAAUUAAAUAAAGUGGACAAAAAAGUCAAAGUCUUCAACAUGGAUGGCAGGAGUUUCUUGAAAGGGCCAGUGAAGGAAGAACUGGACAAGCAUCUCUCUUCCAAGGAAUGGAAGAAUUCCUUGCAUAUCAUCAUGAACUUGCCAGCCAUGGCAAUUGAGUUCCUAGAUGUCUUCAGGCAUCUCUUGAAUGGAGAGCCAGUCAGUGCUGAACUUCCUACAGUGCACUGCCACUGUUUUUCCAAGCAUGAUAACCCCACACAAGAUGUUCAAGAAAGAGCUGAAGCUUUACUGGGAACUUCCUUAGAUGGUCUCUGUUCUGUUAAAUGGGUGAGAAACGUGGCACCCUAUAAAGAAAUGAUGUGCAUUAGCUUUCAACUCCCAGCUGAAGUGUUAUACAAGCCGGUGUCUUCUCUGUCAGAUGAUCCACAGGAACCUGCAUCUAAACGCCUGCGCCCAAAUGAAAAUUACAUCGAAGAAAAUCAUCAAACUAUCUAGAAGAUAUGUGGAUCAUGACUGAACAGAAUUUUAAUUCCAUUUUUCAAGGUGAGCAAAGUACCUUGGAUUUGCUGUGAAAGUGCAGUUAUCGAAUCCGUCUGAAAGUUGGUAAUUGCAGCAACCAUGCUCAUGAGCUGAUUGUACACUGAUUAUGUUUUAGUUCUUUUAAAUUCUUCGAUAUAUGAUUGGGGUCCAUUAUUUAAAUUAAAUAAUUUUUUAUUUUCCCAUAAUUUGUAGUAUUUUCUGUCCAAGCUUGUGUCCAGUUAUUCAUUCACUUAUGAGAAUUUAUCAUAAAAUUAAAGGAACAAAAUGAAAUAUUUUGGAUGUAAUUGCUCCUGUGAGGUCUCUGCCCAAUCAUAGAUCCUGAGCAGCUCCUUGGUUUACUGAUGAGCUAAGGGAGAUGAAGUACAAAGGUGCCUAGAACAGCAGCAGUGAAAGACCAAAUGUGGACAUGACUGGUAAGAGCUCAUUUUUGAGCCUACACAGUGGUAUGGUGGUGAAGCAUCAGUUCCUUUCUGCACAUACUGCAUCUUCAGACUUCCACACAGCAGCCUUUUUCAGAGUUACCCAGAUCCUAUUAUGGAAAGAUUAGAGGGACAAGCUAACUAGGCUCACCAAAUGAUUUUGCGGGGUUUUGUUUGUUUGUUUUUGGGGUGAAUAAAGUCACUCAUAUCUGUUCUUCAUUGGAUCCUAGUUGGCAGAAUCUGUUGGGUUUGGGAUUUUUUUUGAGCUUAUUGCUUUCAAGGAAAUGGAUAAGGUUCUCUGUGGUAUGAGUAUCACCACCUUUACAAUGGUUUCUUUAGGCAUUCAGGCAGUGUGAAGGGCAAGGCCUAGAUUGCAGCAGUUUUCAGUGCAUCUUUGGGGAAGGUUGGAGAUCAGAUGAAAGUUAUAAAAAAUAGCCAAUUCAGAGAAUAAUUUUUUAGGGCUGGGGGCAGGUGGCAUCUCAGCUACAGAGAAUCCUAGAAGAAGCUGAUUUAUCCUUGCCAGUCAUGAUUCAGAUCUGGACAUGGGACAGAAGUGACACUGGUUGCCCUGGUUGAUUAUCUAUUUCAGGACCAUAGCAGUGCACCCCUUGGCCCUGUUAGACUUCUCAGUGGCUUUUAAUACCAUCAGUCAUAUCUUCCCGGACUAUCUACAUAGAUUGGGAGCUAGGAACUGUGUGUUUCAGUGGUUUCCCCUCUAUUUCAGUGGUUUCCCUGAAAGAACCUGAGCAGCAGUUCCCAUUUACAGCCAUCAGUUCCCGUUUACAGUCAUGGGGCUGCUCUCAAGAUAAUGGCAUGGAGCUCAGAAUUCUCCAUGCUGUUUAACAAAUCUGUUCUGCUGUGUUUUCAGUCUAAGUUGAUUGUUUGUUGUGUGCAGCUCUUUUUUUGUACUAUUGUUUUAGGGAUAUAUAUGUAUUAUAAACUACAUGGGGUUGGGGACAAAGAAGUUACCAUGCAGGUGAAAUGGACCAAUCCUUAUGGGAGGAUCAUUGUGGCAAUUCUUAAGAAGGUGUAAGAUCUAUAUCAUGAUUAUUAUCCCCCUCUUUAAAUCCCUGACGUAGCCUCUUAAAGGAAGGAGAGACAAGACUUUACCAUUUCCUGCUACUAAUGACGCUAUGAUAAGCUAUAAGACAACGGGAACUUUACAAGAUUUACAAAAUUUGCAACCUAGGGUAAUUUGUGGUUCAUCGUUCCUCUUUCUCUGCUUCCACUCCUACAGAAAUGGAAGCAGAGAAUGUGGAAAUCCUCUCUUAUAAUCUGUCCAGAGAAGUUUUAAUGCUGCAUGAAAUUUUAUAUAUUAUAAAUGAAAUGAAAUAAAAACUGUUGAAGGAUUAAAAACUCCUUCAGGGCUAGUAUAACCCAGAGUAUGAUCCCUCUGUUACUCUCCCAAAUACUAUUUCCCUCAAAAGAGGAAAUGGCUAGUUGGGGAAGUGAUAGUUUUGCUCCUUCCAGAAUAUCUGCCAUAAACAGCAUAAGAUCUUCCAGCCUACCCCUACACCUCCUCCCUUCAUUUUCUUAUAGAAAAUACUAAAAAUAAAUACCUGACACCCCAAAUAAUUUGGAGGGAGAUAUAUAUACAGUUUCUGUUUUCCUGUAAUACAAAAUAUAAGCUUCCUCCUUCUCUAUUUUAUCCUCCUAGCAACCAUCUGUGAGCAUUAACUAGCCCAAGAUCACACGGGGAGUUUUAAAGCUAAGCAGGAUCAUGUCAGUUCUUUAGUUAAAAAAUGUAGUCUAGCAGAUAUACAUUAAGAUAGUUUCAUAUGUACUUUUUCCUUAUUAUAUAUGUAGAAAAAAGGCAUUUCACUGAUUACUUUUCUGAUAGUAUACUUAUCAUACAUAUUUAUAUUUUAUCUUUUCUUAUUUCUCUAUCUCGUAAGUGAAUGAGCCCAAGAUCACCAGUGCAUUUCUUCCUACUCAAACAUUUUGUCUUCUAAACCAUAUUGAUUGUUAAUGAUGCACAUUACCAAAAACAAUGUGGUUUACAUCUGCAUAUGUAUGUAUGUUCUGGACUUAUAAACAACAAAACACAGUAGUAUGCAGGUAAUGGUGCAGGUCUACAUUUCCAGGAGUACCUGAAGGGGAAGAGCUUCACUGCUCUAAGGUAUUGCUCCCUGCCUGAUUUAGCUUUAUUCCCAUAAUGUUGUAUAUAUCCUUUGUCUCACAUUUAUCCCAUCAACAGCACUUCUAGGAAAUAUAAUGGAAGCUAAGCAUGGAUAGGCCUAAUCAGUAUCUGAAUGGGAGGCCCAUGGAGUGGUCAGGUAUUCAACAAACUAAUCAUCUUUAAAAACAACCAACUAGAAAAGGUAGAAAGGAAAAGGAGGUAAUAAAGUCUGGAUGUCUCUCAGAUGGACUAUGGGUGAUUUACACAUGAAUCAAUUAGUAAUGAUUUUACAGGUAGUCCUCAGUUAAGGAUGGCAAUUGGGACCAGGAACUCCAUUGCUAAGUGAAGUGGUCAUAAAGCACAACAUCAUGUG